AUGGUCUUCUUCCAGGAGCUCGCCCGCUUCGGCUUCCGCUCGUUGAUGGCCUCAUCAGAGGUCGAUCAAAAGUACCUGGGCCGCUACGCGAGGAUCAUUGAGCGAAGAGACCCCUAUGACGCUCAACCUCUAUACCAGGUGCUUGGCAUCUCGGUACUCCUCUCCAAAAAGCUCAUUCGAGCGCGUCGACUCCGACGAUUGGACACAACACGCGAUACGAAAUCCCUCCAACUCUAUCAUCACAUCAUCUUUUUGGCUCGUGAAGGCCUCAUCUUGCUCGAGCAAUACAUUAUACCAGUUGUCGAUGGGAAAAAGAAUUCUUGGGAAAUACGCGUGUUGAUACACAAGCUCCGCGCGUCCUUCUACCACAUCUUCGUCCUCUUUCACAAUCAACCAUCAAUCCACGUAGCAGCUAUUCCAGCAUUUGCAGGGGAAGGGAGAGGUACAGGAAGCAGCAAGCAAUCUGAUCGAUCCUCAUUGCGUCGCUCGCCACCCCCAAAUGGGCGCGGAUCCAGUCGCCCGAUGCCUCCAGGUCUCACACCUGUCUCAAUACCUAAGCCAUCAGCUACCUUCCUACUCCCAGCUCGAAAUUACAUCCCCGAUGCCUCCUCCUAUUUCUCGUAUGCUUCAGAGAUCGCAGACGCGCACCUCUUCGGCUCACAUCCCAUUCGCCUGUCAGUGAAGACGGAGUACUCAGCGUAUCUGUACGACUGCCUACAUGACGGUGAAGCCAGCAGAAAGGUAGCUCAAGCAGCAAUUAGGGACGUGUACAAUGCAAAUGAAACAAUUGAUGACGAGAUGUUUGAAGACUCGGCGGAAAUGGUCGUGAUCUUGGGCAAGAUGAUGAAGAGGGGCCUCAACACGAGAGGGGCUGGAAGUUCAAGCACAGGUAGUAAAAGUACAGUGACUACGGGUGCGAGUACACCGAGGCCUGCAAGUACAACGAGACCUACAAGUACCUCAAGACCUCCGAGUGCAAAUACACCAAGGCCUACUGCUAAGAGGGAGAAGAGUCCACCCAAGCGCGAGGAAGAGGAGCUCGCCAAGGAGAAGCCCACCAAAGAGCAGCUCGCCAAGGAGGAGCUCGCCAAGGAGAAGGAGUCCGCCAAGGAGAAGUCCACCAAAGGAUAG